AGGGGAAACUGUGGAUCUGUGACCUGCCUUGUGUUUGGCUUUAGUUGUGUUCGUUUACAUUGGCUCCCCAUUAGUGUCAAAUAUCCUUAGUGAUGUGCAUUACUGUGUGAAAAGGGAGGGGUUAGAGCCAUCCAUCUUUUCUCUUCAGUUCUAGGUGGUUUUUGAGAUUUGCGCCUUUAUAUAUGUAAUACGUAAAAAUACUGUAUAUCUAUAUAGGCUUACAACUGUAAACCAGCAUAUUAAAGUGAAUGCCGCCAAGCGUAUUAGCCCUUUCCAGCUCAUCUUUCCAGGACAACAAUGUUAGUCCCUGGGCCUUUUCUUGAUUGGUUAGUUGAAGAGGAUGGGGUGGGAGAGGCCAUCUGUUGGCUGGGUCCUACAUCACUUUCUCUGCUGAACCCAAAGUAUAGACAGGACGUGAGACAGGAGAAGAGUUCAUGCACAGUAAGAAUAGAUUACGGACAUGGGAUGUUACUUUUUCCAGUUCAGACAAGUCAACUUUGAGACCCACAAGAUCAUUGGAAUCCUUAGUGAAAUAUUAAGGAAGUGUGGACGAUUAAUUUUGACAUCACAAGAAUCCUGUUUUACAAACAUUUAAAUGCAUACAAUGAAUCCUGAUUCAACAACAUGCAAGUGAUGCAACUCUGUAAGUGCACCUGUGUGGCAAAGAGAGCCAUGCUGAAGUUUCAAGGAGAUGAGUGACGGACAGACCUAAAUACUAUCCGAGUAAUGAAAUAACGCUCAAUCUAAGCUAUGUCAUCCCUGCUGUUGAUCCUGAACAGGAAGACCUGGACAACUUUAGGGAGGCUGCUUUUCCUCUUUUUAAUAAUCUCCAACCAUGAGAUAACAUGCUCAAUGCUUGAAAGUUUGAUAGCAAAGCGCACAGACUACUGGGAGGGCUGCAAUAGAACACUAACAUCAAGCGAACGGCCAAAAACUGGAGUCCACUGUAAGGGAACUUUUGACACAUUUGUGUGUUGGCCCCAUUCACCUCCCGGGAACGUGUCCGUCCCCUGUCCUCCUUACUUACCAUGGAUCAGCAUGGCUGCAGACACCUCGAGGAUGGCACACAGAGAAUGCUUGGAAAAUGGUAGUUGGCGCAAGAAGGAAGGUUCCUCAGAGCCCUGGAGGGAUGACUCCGAAUGUCAGGGGGACCAUUAUUUUAAAGACAAGGAAGAGCAAAUGCUUCGGCAGACAGCCCUCCGGGUCGUUUCUAUCAUUGGCUAUUCAUUAUCCCUGGCUUCCCUCAUGUUAGCGACGCUCCUCAUGGGCAUGUUGAGGAAGCUCCAUUGUACCAGGAACUACAUUCACAUGAAUCUGUUUGUCUCAUUCAUCCUGAGAGCUGUUGCCGUCAUUUCUAAGGAAAUCGUAUUAUACAUCAUGUAUUCCAACCUACCCAAGGAUGACCCUGGAUGGAACUCAUAUUCAAGUUCUCCGAUAGCUCUGAUGUGCAAAUUCUCAAAAGUGGCCAUGGAAUAUUUUGUGGCCUGUAACUAUUUCUGGCUUUUGGUGGAAGCUAUUUUCCUCCACACAUUGCUCUUCACCGCUGUGUUGACCAAGCGACGCCUAUUGAAGAAUUACAUGCUGUUAGGCUGGGGAAUGCCUGUCUUCUUUGUGACACCAUGGACAGUUGUUAAGAUUUUAUAUGAAAACACAGAGUGCUGGUCAAUUGUGAACAGAUGGUUCUGGUGGAUAAUAAAGGGCCCGAUCACUUUGUCAGUGUUGAUAAUUUUCUUCAUAUUCAUCAAGAUACUGCUGCUGCUGCUGUCCAAGCUUAAAGUGGAUCAGGUGAAAUUUACUGACUACAGAUACAGUUUAGCCAGGGCAACACUGGUUUUGAUUCCUCUGCUGGGAAUCCAUGAAGUGGUCUUCACUGUGCUCGUCGAUGAAUGUAUGGAGGGAAGCAGUCGCUAUGCACGGGACUUCAUUAAUCUCACCAUCAGCUCUUUUCAGGGAUUCUUGGUUGGAGUGUUGUAUUGCUUCGCUAAUGGAGAGGUACAAGCUGAGCUGAAGAAGCACUGGCAGAUUUUCUUGUUCAACCACAACUUCCAGUUCAGGAGCUGUUUUCAUGACACGGCAAUCACGCACCUGUGGAAAUGCACAAGAAGGCAUCGCGCACAGUGCAAGCAAAGAAACUCCUGUGAUGAGGGGGCGUCUUCAGCUUUCACUGUGCACCCACACCUGCUCCAGGUGGCUCUCCAAGGACAUGGUGGACUCCAUGGACAGAAAGAGGACAAAGGUCAGGGGGUAAAAGGAUGUGACGCAACAGGUCUUGAUUUUCUGACCAGGAAGAGUCUAUCCAGUAGUGACGGGGAAAUAACCCUUGGAGAGACUAUGGAGGAGAUUCUAGAGGAGAGUGAGUUUUGAAUGCCCUUAGUGUCUUUACCAGAGGGAUGCUGUUUCAAAACUCUUCUCUGAAAUGUUCGACUGGUCGAAGUUUAAAAGACUUGUUUCAUUUCUAAAGCACUCACUAGAAAUUAUAUUUGUACGUAUAAAUUGCCUCCAGAUUACCCGUGACACUAAUGGGGACAAGCUGUAGAGAAAAUGGAUAGAUGGAUAAAAUAGAUUUUAUUCUUAAUGAUGCCAAAAACUCAUAUGGAAGAUGGAGGGAAUAUAAACACUGGUUUAAAUAACUGAAAUACACUUUCCACUACAAAUAGAGGAAUGUUCAAUUAUACUCAAAAGUCUUAAAGUCUUAAAAAUAGCUGCUUUUUCUUACCCAUGACCGUUAUACAAUUCUGUCAUUUUAUUUAAAUCACAUUUUAACAUGUAAUACAUUGUACAACACUGCUUUAAUAGACCACUUAUAAAUAUCCAUAUGCCAAUAAAUAUGGAAAUGAUGCUAUGAAUACAAUGUAUUUGUUGUUCUAAAUGCGAAUAUUGAAGUGUCCGGCAGACAUUUCAGGUACUCCUUCUAUUGGUAGUUUUUAAUGUACAGUUAUAAGGUGUUGUUGCACAGUGAAAACAUAGAUUGUAUCUACAGUCCCACAAUGGUGUAUGUCAGGGAUGUCAAACUCAUUUGUGUCAUGGGCCACAUUGUAGUUAUGGUUUCUCUCAGACGGCCGUUAAGAUUUUGAAAUCAUAUAAUCAGUGCUUUCACUGUGCACCCACACCUGCUCCAGGUGGCUCUCCAAGGACAUGGUGGACUCCAUGGACAGAAAGAGGACAAAGGUCAGGGGGUAAAAGGAUGUGACGCAACAGGUCUUGAUUUUCUGACCAGGAAGAGUCUAUCCAGUAGUGACGGGGAAAUAACCCUUGGAGAGACUAUGGAGGAGAUUCUAGAGGAGAGUGAGUUUUGAAUGCCCUUAGUGUCUUUACCAGAGGGAUGCUGUUUCAAAACUCUUCUCUGAAAUGUUCGACUGGUCGAAGUUUAAAAGACUUGUUUCAUUUCUAAAGCACUCACUAGAAAUUAUAUUUGUACGUAUAAAUUGCCUCCAGAUUACCCGUGACACUAAUGGGGACAAGCUGUAGAGAAAAUGGAUAGAUGGAUAAAAUAGAUUUUAUUCUUAAUGAUGCCAAAAACUCUUAUGGAAGAUGGAGGGAAUAUAAACACUGGUUUAAAUAACUGAAAUACACUUUCCACUACAAAUAGAGGAAUGUUCAAUUAUACUCAAAAGUCUUAAAGUCUUAAAAAUAGCUGCUUUUUCUUACCCAUGACCGUUAUACAAUUCUGUCAUUUUAUUUAAAUCACAUUUUAACAUGUAAUACAUUGUACAACACUGCUUUAAUAGACCACUUAUAAAUAUCCAUAUGCCAAUAAAUAUGGAAAUGAU